AUGUGCUUUGGCUAUUCCCUGGCCGUGUGCUACAGGAGCACUGGCGCAGAGAAUCGGGAGGUGACCCAGGAGGAGAUCGAAGAGUACGCGGAGUUCUUAGGCAUCGACCUGGACACAGAGCGGCACCUUCUGUGGAUUGCGCGCCAGGGCGUCGCCGAGCCGCCGCCGGCGCCCUGGAAG